ACACACUACUACUACUUUUGAAACGUAGUAAAUACUCGUAGGAAGGUCGAGCAGUGGCGCUGAUACUGUACAUUUCGGCUAACGUCACCUCGGCCAUGGCGGGUCGCCGCAUGUUAAACAUGUGGUUUUCCUGCUAAACGCAAUGGCCGUAAUGCCGUUACACGUCUGUACAGCAGUGUCAAGCAGUUGUUGUCCGGGUGCUGCGCAGGAAUACUUUCAGCACUCACGUGACGGGGUACGCGACUAAUUACCUGUCAGGAACUAGCUACCGUUAAAGUUAACGCUCGGCUCAUCCACGUUUUCCUGCAAACAUGGGUUCUGCUCCUAAUCACGGAACCGUCACGGAGACCGCGUCCCCCACACCCACCUCUGCUGUGUCCCUAGUCGGACAUGUCCGCCAGGUCUUCAGCCACGUGAAGGUAGAAAACCUGUUGGCGGGGCUCAGUGGAGGAGUGGUGUCAACGAUGAUGCUGCACCCCCUGGAUCUGGUCAAAAUCAGGUUUGCAGUAAGUGAUGGAUUGCAUUUGAGACCCAAGUACAGUGGCAUAUUACACUGUAUGAAGAGUGUCUGGCAGCAGGAGGGACUCCGAGGACUCUACCAAGGAGUGACACCCAACAUUUGGGGUGCCGGAGCAUCUUGGGGUCUCUACUUCUUUUUCUACAAUGCCAUCAAAGGGUACGUAAAGGAGGGCCGUGUAACGGAACUGAGUGCCACGGAGCACCUGGUGUCUGCAGCCCAAGCAGGCGUCCUGACGCUCACCCUAACCAACCCCAUCUGGGUGACCAAGACCCGGCUGGUGCUCCAGUACGAUGCCGACCCGACCGGCAAACGGUACAAGGGGAUGGUGGAUGCUCUGGUGAAGAUCUACCGCCACGAGGGAGUGCCAGGACUGUACAAGGGCUACGUCCCUGGUCUGUUGGGCACGUCUCACGGAGCGCUGCAGUUCAUGGCCUACGAAGAGCUCAAGAGAGACUACAACAAGUACAAGAAAGUGCCUUCAGAUGCAAAGCUGAGCUCAUUGGAGUAUAUCACAAUGGCAGCAGUAUCCAAAGUAUUUGCCGUGGCCACAACGUACCCGUAUCAGGUGGUGCGAGCUCGUCUGCAGGACCAGCACAAUACAUACAAAGGAGUUAUUGAUGUCAUCACACGGACAUGGAGGAACGAAGGCGCCGUCGGCUUCUACAAAGGAAUCGUCCCCAACGUCAUUCGAGUCACUCCGGCAUGCUGCAUCACGUUUGUCGUUUAUGAGAAUGUGUCUCGCUACCUCCUGGGACAAAAUCAGUGAGGCCCCACAGGGCGGCGAGGACAGCCGCAGAGACUCUGAGCUGCUGCUUCGGUCGGCAUUCAGAGCGCGUGAGACAGACAGUUGCACCCUCGUCCCGGUGUACAUGCAGAUGUGAGAAGCAUUCGUUUUGCACUGAGAGUAACAAUGGUUGCUAAGUCUGAGCAACAGAAUCAACAGGGGAUUGUUUUCUCUCUUCUUUUUUUUUUAGCUGCAUGACAAACACUUCCCUACCUGCCAGAGGACACGUCAGCAGAGGACGAUGUGUAACAUGUCAUCGUAGUUUACUAUUUAUGUUCUGGCAGCAUAGAGGGAUAAACGCUGAAACAUGAACAGCUGAUUAUCAGCAGCAAAAUUGUAGAUCUCAGGGUUCCGUUUGCAUGUGUGUGCCAUACUAGUUUGUGUCUUUUAAAUUAUUGAUUCAUGUGAACACACAUAGCAGCAAUGUGGAUGGUUUUGUUUAUCCGCAGAAUUCGUUUAUGUCCUGGCUACAAAUUGUAUCUGCAACCCAAGUACUUUAUUGGCAUUGUUGUGUUGGAUUUAUAUAAAUACAUUUGAUGUAUGAACAACAUUGAAUUUAGCACAGGGCAUUUCAAAACUAAUGAAUACCACAGGUAGAGAUGACUUUAUUAACAGUACUAAUGAAUAUAAACAUGUCA